AACAUGACCGCCAUUUGACACUUUACUGGUCAAUUACUCGUAAAUGCCCCCUGGAAAAUUCUGACAUCAAGUUUCCAGUUGUAGUGCCUCCGACGAAAGCUCCAGAAGAAUUAAAAAAAAAACUAAUUGAUCAAUGAAUCUGAGGAAAUUUUCAAAGUGCUAUUAUUUUUAUUCACACUCGUACCUGUGCACCGUGUAACGUGCAUCGAUGACGUCUCAAUCAAUGCAUAACAAUUAGAACAGGUCGAUGGAGGGUUGAAUAUUUAAUCACCUGUCAAGGUAAAUAAUUCGUCAUGGAGUCGUCAUUCAGGAGAAUCGACAGAGAAAAAAGGCUAAUCGAGUUGUUAAGGUUAAGAGAAACCCACGAGUCACUCUCGCGAACAGUAAGUCGUAAACUGCACGUGGCAGACAGUCUGAUUUCACGUCUGGGUCUUGAGAAAGAGCUAGAAGGCCACAAGGGCUGUGUAAAUUGUCUAGAAUGGAAUUCCACUGGAGAAAUUCUAGCGUCAGCAUCAGACGACAUGCACCUGAUCCUCUGGGAUCCAUUUCGUUACCAAAAAAAAUUAAUCUACCACACUGGCCACAACGGCAACAUCUUCUCCGUGAAAUUCAUGCCAGAGUCCAACGACUCUCUCCUGGUAACAGGAGCUGGUGAUAAUGGAGUUAGAGUUCACGACGUAUCAAUAUCCGAUACAAUUCUAGUCUGUACCUGUCACACCGGUCGUGUCAAGAGAAUAGCAACCCUGGAGAACGUACCUUCGGUAUUCUGGAGUGCCGGUGAGGAUGGCCUGAUACUGCAGUACGAUAUGAGAACAAAACACAAUUGCAAAUCAAUUAAUCGCAAGAGUGUCCUGAUUAAUCUCGUUAAUCAUGCUGGUAGAAAAGCAGAAGCCAAGUGCAUGGCUGUCAACAAAAGAAGACCAGAGCUCCUAGCCAUUGGUGCCAAUGAUCCCUAUGUGAGAUUAUACGACAGACGAAUGAUUAAACUAGGACAGAUACCCAUCGAUGCAGCACCAAGACACAACGAUCUCUCUCGAUCAAAUCAAAAAUUCGAAUCAGACGACAAUUUGCCCAUCGGCUGCGCCCAGUACUUCAUCGCUGGCCACUUGAAAUCCCCAAAUGUCAGAUACAGCGAGAGAAAUUUUGCAACAACGUACCUGACAUUCUCCGAUGAUGGCAACGAACUCCUGGUGAAUAUGGGAGGCGAGCAGAUUUAUCUGUUUGAUAUUGACAGUCACAAAACAGUUGCCAGCUAUGAGACACUCCCCCUGGACAACACAUCAUCAAAUUGUGAUAAUAAUGAUGACGAGGAGGUGACGAGAUUGGCGUAUGGGCUCGAUGGUGAUUCGGAGAUCGAUGUCAAGCUGGUGAAUACGCUGGAGUUGCCUCUGGAUGUUGAGACGAUGAAGCAGGAGGCUAAUUGUGCUUUUCAAAAUGGCCAGUACACUUAUGCUGUCAAUCUCUACAACAGAGCAAUUGAAAUAUGCCCAACAGCUGCUGUUCUCCAUGCCAACAGAGCAGCGACGUACAUGAAGAGAAGAUGGGAUGGGGAUAUCUAUGCUGCACUCAGAGACUGUCAGACAACUCUUCACCUUGAUCCUGAUCACGUCAAAGCUCACUUCAGGCUCGCACGUUGUCUCAACGAUCUUCAUCGUCCCUCUGAGGCAUUCAGGGUUAUUCAGGAUUUUCAGCGGAAAUAUCCAGAGUACGACUCAAAUGUCGCACAUAAAGCCCUGAAGAAGGACAUCAAGGAUGCGAUGGCUUCGCAGUCGGAUAAUGGAACUGUCAGCUCGUACAAUAUCAAUCAGACCUCGUAUUUUGAGAAUGAGUGGAGGGCUAGAGCUGUUGAUUACAAGCUGAGGUUCUGUGGACACUGCAAUACCACCACUGAUAUCAAGGAGGCGAAUUUCUUUGGUAGCAAUGGACAGUAUAUUGUGGCUGGGUCUGAUGAUGGGUCAUUUUUUGUUUGGAAUCGCAAGACCACCAAUAUUCUCAGAGUUUUGCGUGGUGAUGAGAGAAUUGUUAAUUGUCUUCAGCCACAUCCCUCGACGUGUCUUCUAGCUACUAGUGGAAUUGAUCCUGUUAUCAGACUUUGGAGUCCUUUGCCUGAGGAUGGCACUGUCAAUGACAGGGAGGUGGAGAAAAUUUAUGAGGCUGCUUCUGCUAAUCAAAUUCGAAUGAACAGUGAUCCUUUUGAACUCAUGAUUAUGAGUAUGGGGUACAGAUUUCCUAAUCAAUCACCUAUGAACUCUGGGGAUGAGCAGAAUGACUCGUCACCGCUUCAUCAUCCACCUGGGUGCAGAACCAGUUAGAGGUGUUUUGAUUAUUUACACUGGUGAAUAUUCCGUUGUUUAUUUGCAUUGAGAAGGACUCGGUCUUUGAGAAUUUACCCAUUUAUUUAUUGUCGUGCAUUUCAAUUAUUGAAAUUUCUUCUUUUUUUUCGUGGCAGAUUAUGAUUUUUGAG